AUCUCUUAUUUCUUUAUUAUAAUUGGAAAAGAGUACAGAGAAAAAGUAAAGAUGACUAAACAAAGGCUGUAGAUCUCUCUCGAAGACGGUGGAAUAACGGAAGCCAGCAACACAAGUCUAUACUCGGGAGAAAAUCAGGAGUGCCGAGCUUCAACCGGAAAAAAUAUCGGAACCGCGCCAUUCCGAAACCCUAAAACCGCCAAAACUCCCUUCCAAAACCACUCAGGAGAAGCGGUUUCCAACGCCUCCGCUUCAACGAAUCCCCUUUCCCCACUUCCGCUAUCAUCACUCCCCCAAAUCACACCGACAUUGCUUCUUCGCUGUUGUGGAGUUUUGAAUAAAUCGCCUUCUUCUGGCCGAGUACAACGAACUAACGGCCGGUGUCAUCUCUCCUGCCAGCAGUGCGUCGAGAUUCCCGCCAUGAGCUCUCCGAGGGAGCUUAGGACCGCUGCGUCUGCCUCGUCGUCUCCGUACCGCGAGGUGAGGAUACCGGUCCGCGACGAUCCGCACGCGGAGUGCAGCUCGCCGGACGUCUUCACCAUUCCUCCGAAGAACGCGUCGAUCGAACGGCUCAGGAGAUGGAGGAAAGCUACUUUUGCUCUAAAUGCGACUCGUCGGUUUCGAUAUACCCUCAACUUGAAACUUGAAGAAAGAGAGAAAUUACUAUGCAAGAUUAGGACGCAUUCUCAAGUCAUACGAGCAUCAAUACUUUUCCAAAGGGCUGCACCUGCAACAAACGGGGGUGCUUCUGAAGGACAAAUCAAUGGUUACGGAAUUGGACAGGAACGACUUACUACAAUCUCAAGAGAUCAUAACCUUUCUGCUCUGGAAGAACGUGGGGGGGUUCAAGGGCUAGCGAAACUGUUAAAAACCAAUCUAGAGAAGGGGAUUGGUGGAGACGACAGCGAAAUAGUAUGUCGGAAGAAUGCAUUUGGAGCGAACACGUAUCCACGGAAAAAAGCACGGGGUUUUUUGACUUUCCUUUGGGAAGCUUGGCAAGACUUGACCCUCAUCAUCUUGAUGAUAGCUGCAGUCGCCUCUUUGGCAUUGGGCAUAAAAACGGAGGGCCUCAAAGAAGGAUGGUAUGAUGGUGGGAGCAUUGCCUUCGCUGUCCUUCUUGUAAUAGCUGUUACAGCCAUUAGUGAUUACAAACAGUCGCUUCAGUUUCAAAUUUUAAAUGAGGAGAAGCGGAAUAUACGGUUACAGGUUAUUAGAGGUGGUAGAAGAGUUGAGAUUUCAAUAUUUGAUAUUGUUGUCGGUGAUGUUGUAUCACUCAACAUUGGUGAUCAAGUUCCAGCUGAUGGGAUUUUAAUUUCUGGCCACUCACUUGAAAUUGAUGAAUCUAGCAUGACAGGGGAAAGCAAGAUUGCUCGUAAGGAUCAAAGGGCACCUUUUUUGAUGUCGGGAUGCAAGGUUGCUGAUGGUUAUGGUACCAUGUUGGUAACUGGUGUUGGAAUAAACACUGAAUGGGGAUUACUGAUGUCCAGUAUCUCAGAGGAUUCAAACGAAGAAACUCCAUUGCAGGUACGUUUGAAUGGUGUUGCGACUUUAAUUGGCAUAAUCGGGCUCACAGUAGCUGGUUUUGUUCUUGUAGUCCUAUUGGCUAGGUACUUCACUGGCCGUACAAAAAAUUCGAAUGGAACCAUUCAAUUUAUUGCAGGGAAGACAAGUCUUGGCAAGGCAGUAGAUGGAGCUAUUAAAAUCUUGACAAUUGCGGUCACUAUUGUGGUCGUUGCAGUGCCUGAAGGGCUCCCUUUGGCGGUGACCUUGACUCUUGCAUACUCAAUGAGGAAGAUGAUGGUGGACAAGGCCCUGGUUCGGAGGCUUUCGGCUUGUGAAACUAUGGGCUCUGCUACUACAAUUUGCAGUGAUAAGACGGGAACUCUAACCAUGAAUCAGAUGACUAUUGUUGAGGCAUAUGUUGGUGGAGGAAGACUAAACCAAUCUGAUAAUGAUGAACUUAUCUCUUCUGCUGUACGCUCUCUACUAUUGGAAGGCAUUUCGCAUAAUACAACAGGCAAUGUUUUUGCGCCUGAGAAUGGUGGAGCUGAAGAAGUAACGGGCUCGCCAACUGAAAAGGCUAUCCUUUCUUGGGGUGUCAAGCUUAAGAUGAAAUUUGACGAAGAACGAUCAAAGACUUCAGUUCUCCAUGUCUUCCCUUUCAACUCUGAGAAAAAGCGGGGUGGCGUUGCAUUGCUAGUGGGAGGCUCUGAAGUCCAUAUACAUUGGAAAGGAGCUGCUGAAAUAAUCUUGUCCUCAUGUACAAGAUGGCUUGAUCAGGAUGGUUCAGUGCACCAAAUGGAUGAAGAUAAGGCAUCCUAUUUUAAGAAAGCUAUCAAAGAUAUGGCAGAACUCUCUUUGCGCUGUGUUGCCUUUGCAUACAGACUGUAUGAUAUGAAAGAUGUUCCAAGGGACGAAGAGCAACGAGAACAGUGGAUGUUACCUGAAGAUGACCUAAUUUUCCUUGCCAUUGUGGGUAUCAAGGAUCCCUGCCGGCCAGGUGUCAAAGAAGCUGUCCAACUAUGCCAAGGUGCUGGCGUUAAGGUGCGCAUGGUGACUGGAGAUAAUAUUCAGACAGCAAAAGCAAUAGCUUUGGAGUGUGGGAUACUUAAGCCAAAUCAUGAGUUUACAGAGCCAACUGUCAUUGAAGGAAGGUCAUUCCGCGACCGUACUGAUGCCGAUAGAGACAAAAUUGCUGAUAAAAUUUUGGUGAUGGGAAGGUCUUCCCCUAAUGACAAGCUUCUUCUCGUUAAAGCACUACGAAAAAAAAAGCAUGUUGUUGCUGUAACUGGAGACGGCACUAAUGACGCCCCUGCAUUGCAUGAGGCAGAUAUAGGCCUUGCUAUGGGCAUUCAAGGGACGGAGGUCGCAAAAGAAAGCUCAGACAUCAUCAUCUUGGAUGAUAAUUUUGCUUCAGUUGUGAAGGUUGUCCGUUGGGGGCGGUCUGUAUACGCAAAUAUUCAGAAAUUCAUCCAGUUCCAGCUUACGGUUAAUGUUGCUGCCCUUAUAAUAAAUGUUGUGUCUGCAGUUUCAUCCGGCGAUGUUCCUUUAAAUGCAGUACAGCUCCUUUGGGUUAACCUCAUCAUGGAUACUCUUGGAGCACUUGCUUUGGCUACCGAACCACCAACAGAUCACCUUAUGCACAGAAACCCAGUCGGUUGGAGUGAACCUCUCAUUUCAAAUAUCAUGUGGAGAAACUUACUUUUGCAGGCUCUAUAUCAAGUGGUUGUCCUCCUUACUCUUAACUUUGGGGGCACGAGUAUUCUGCAUUUGAAGCAUGACAACAGGGACCAUGCUGAAAAAUUGAAGAACACCAUGAUUUUCAACACAUUUGUUUUGUGCCAGGUAUUCAAUGAAUUCAAUGCUCGAAAGCCUGAUGAAAUCAAUGUCUUUAGCGGUGUCAGGAGAAAUCGCUUCUUUAUGGGGAUCAUCGCAUUCACCGUUAUACUCCAAGUUUUGAUCAUCGAGUUUCUUGGGAAGUUUAUGUCGACUGUCAGACUCAAUUGGAAAUUGUGGCUUGUUUCGAUUGCUAUUGCUUUCAUAAGCUGGCCUCUGGCCAUCAUCGGGAAGUUCAUUCCGGUCCCCAAAAAGGAGCUUGGCAAGUUUUUUCUUGAUUACACGACGAAGUGUAGAAAUUCAUGCAGUAGAUGUUGCAGAGGAACUUCUUCCAGAAAAGAACUGAUGACUUCUCACAAUCCCCACAUGGUAUUUCAGAAUACCAUUUUUUGGCAAUCUAAUCACAUAGACUGCUCUGAUCCCACUAGUGGAAUGGGGACCUCCUAAAUGGCCAAUGUAGAAAUCUCUAUUCCUAAAUGGAAAUCACCAUUUUUUUUUGAAGAAACCAUGGAAAUGGAAAUCAAUUUCAACAACUGCUUUUGUUUUUGCAAAUGGCGGAAAAUGAUUUCUUUCCCAUGGUAGAAAAGAGGAUUCCACCAAUCCCAAACCCAAACGAGCCCAAUCUUAAAUGAGAGGUUUCCCUGUUCUACAGGUGGUAUCAGAGUCGUUUACCACUCUACAAGCAUGGGCAACUCACAAAUGCACCCUUCUUUUCAGGUCCUCAGAGGCAGUCCCAUGCAGGAGAACAUUAGAACGGGGAGUUGAUACAUGGGCGGUGGGCCAUUACAAGUCCUGUCUUGAUGAAAUUCAUGUAUUUUUCUUACUAAAAUUCCUAACUCUAGCGCAUGUUUCUGAUUGAACUAUGGUUGGUUUCUCUGCAUUUUAACAUGAAAGGAAUUGGAUUGUUACUGUAAUUUUAGUAAAAGUGUGUAUAAGAGGAUCAUAUAGCAAAUUUGCAAU